GGAACAUACACUCUUCAACGAGGUACAUUUCCCUCGUUGUCAAGCCUUAGUGAUAUGUCCAGAAUGUCGCAAUACACCACUACCCCGCGAGUUUUGGAAAGCACUAUAGACCGAACUUCUCAAAAUUUAUUAUAUGGUCAACCGGGGAACAUGCUGAUGGAGCCGGUCCAGCGCAUGCCACCACCGAUGACAGACGCCCCCCCUUUCGGCGAGACUAAUGUUAUACACCAAAUCGUCUGCGGCAAUCAAACCAUUAAAACAGAAAUCCAGGCGAAGAUACAUAAGGGCUUCUUUCAGGUCGAUGAAAAGUGGACCUGUUAUCGGAGAAAUUACUUCUCUGUCUCAUGUUCUUUCUCACUACACCCGUGGACCCAUGCGCCUCUCUACCUCAAAUAUGACCAAGGAACCGAACGUAUUGUACAAUUUGCCAUGUCAAUAUCAGCCAUUGUGAAUCAACAGUUUAGCGAAGUCCGCGAGCUAGUCCAACACACGCCAAAGCGGGAUAAACAGUCAGAGAGGAAACCUGGGAAAGUUAUUUUACAGCCCUCUCAGCCACCACCAUUGGUCCUUGGCCAUUCGUCGGGAUCUGGUGGCAGUCAGCAUACAUUUGGCCUGGCCACUCAAUCUGUAGGGAUGCCUCUCGACUAUAACGGCUCAUAUAAUAGUCCUCCGCAACCUUCGCAGCCUCCGACGCAACAUACAUUUGAGCGCAUUCAAUUUCAAAAGGCCACAGCUAAUAACGGGAAGCGCCGAGCCCAGCAGCAGUACUACAACCUGGUUGUCGACCUUUACGCAGAAAUUGCUGAGUCCCAGUGGAUCAAGAUUGCUAGGAAGCUGUCACAUCCAAUGGUGGUGCGCGGUCGCUCCCCAGGCCAUUACAAAGAUGGCCGUCGAGACAGCUCAACAAGUAUGGGUCCCGAUGGGGGAAGCGGUGGCUCAGGCGACGGCAGUGGAGGGGCUGUGCUACAUCCAGGCAUGGGAGCAGCUGCACGGUCUCACUUGGCCCUCAUGUCGUACGACUCUUCGCAGCGCGGCGGUCCACACUAUGGCCGGGCUGACUAUAGCCAAAUAGCAACAACUGGCCAUUCCCCAUUAAGUGGAAGCCCACACAUCUCAUCCUCAUCAUCAUCGGCCUUCGAUAUAGGCGUUCUGGGUGAUUCCAUGGAUCACAUGGACCCCGUCAAGAGCACGUCAAGCAUUGAUUCGUAUCAUGACUCCAGCUUCGGAAUACUAGACGCCCGGAAGCCUGAAAGCCAGUUCCGCCACCAAUUGCGCCCUUUCGAGUAUGAGACUGUCUCAAAGCCUAGUGAGGAACCCAGCACAACCUUUCAUGAGUCAUUCGAUCCGAUGGUAUCCAUGAUAUCAAGCGGACACAACGAGCCUCCACACUACCUGAAACACCCAGCCAGAAUGGCACCUCAUAUGUAUCAUCAUCCCACUACCAGCAGCAGCUAUGACCCCAUUUACUCAGCACGCUCCAAUAGUACUCGAUUCCAGGGCUCCCAGAGCCUAUGCGCUUAGCCUUGUGGUCCUCUUUGAUACCUUUUUCAUUCAUUCAUCUUCCUCCGAUUUAUUUUGCUACGUCUUGUUUCUAUCUUUUUAUCCUUUUUUUCUCGGACCUUCGAACCAAAAUUCCCUUAUGAUUAAUGCAUCACCAGCUGCUCUUUUCUAUUUAUCUUAUGGUAUUGUUAUUGUGUUUGGGUCAUGGCCUGGAAGAGACGAAAAGAUUGGAGGUCCGUUUCUUUGUUUACAUUCUACGAUAAGCUUCAGAUCAUGGCCAGCGAGAUAGACCACCAUCUUGAGUUGAUUUUCAGAUUCGUUCAUCCAAGCUGAAUUACAUGAAACUAACUAGUGAUUUGUCUGUCUCGCUGUUUCUUUCACUUUCAUUUUACUUUUCUCUUUUGCCCCUUCUUCUUCUGAUCUGGUAAGAGGUCUAUAAAUUCUGUCAAUCCUUUUCUGUCCUUCUCCCACUUAUUCUCCCCUUUCCUACAACCUAAACUUCUCUUGUCCAUUUUCUCUCUCCUCCCUGCCAUUUUUUAUUUUUUAUUUCUUAUUUACUAUUUUUUUUUCUCAAAAAACCUAUCUUCUGGAUCCUGGUCCUGGACUAGGUUCAUUUAUUUGACACUGUCGUACGUACCCCGCGAAAGAUUGGGGUGAAGGUUCCAAAAAAAAAAAAAAAAAAAA